AUGGCCGAUCAAGACGUGGAUCUGGAUUCUAUCAUUGACAGAUUGCUGGAGGUGAGGGGCAGCCGACCUGGGAAGCAGGUCCAGCUUCUGGAAUCGGAGAUUCGCUACCUUUGCACCAAGGCGAGGGAGAUCUUCAUCUCUCAGCCUAUCCUGCUUGAGUUGGAAGCACCCAUCAAGAUUUGCGGUGAUAUCCACGGUCAAUACUACGAUCUACUUCGUCUAUUCGAAUACGGCGGCUUCCCUCCGGAGGCUAAUUACCUCUUCCUGGGCGACUAUGUCGACCGUGGCAAGCAAUCGCUCGAGACCAUCUGUCUUCUCCUUGCAUACAAGAUCAAAUAUCCCGAGAACUUCUUCGUCCUCCGUGGCAACCACGAGUGCGCGUCCAUCAACCGUAUCUACGGUUUCUACGAUGAGUGCAAGCGAAGGUAUAACAUUAAGUUGUGGAAGACUUUCACAGACUGCUUCAACUGCCUACCCAUCGCCGCUAUUAUUGACGAGAAGAUCUUCACCAUGCACGGCGGUCUGAGCCCUGAUCUCAACUCCAUGGAGCAGAUUCGCCGUGUCAUGCGUCCCACUGAUAUCCCCGAUUGUGGCCUUCUGUGCGACCUUCUGUGGUCCGACCCGGAUAAAGAUAUCACUGGCUGGAGCGAAAAUGACCGAGGUGUAUCGUUCACUUUCGGACCGGACGUCGUCUCGCGAUUCCUACAGAAGCAUGAUAUGGACUUGAUAUGCCGCGCACACCAAGUUGUCGAGGACGGCUACGAAUUCUUUUCGAAGCGACAGUUGGUUACGCUAUUCAGCGCUCCAAACUACUGCGGAGAGUUCGAUAAUGCUGGUGCGAUGAUGAGUGUGGAUGAGAGUUUAUUGUGCUCUUUCCAGAUUUUGAAGCCAGCAGAGAAGAAACAAAACAGGUUCGGGCGGAGAUAG